AUUUGGAAAACGAACAUUGACCAUUGUAAUGUGUACGGAAAACCAGACCCUUAAGAAGAUCUGUGCUCAUUAAAUACCCCCAUUUCAUUCUUUCUUAAUUCUCUACAUCUCUGGUUGGCUUCCAGCUAGUGCUCCGUUGAGCAGCAAUGGCCGAGGAGAAGGUGACAACAAUGGUGCUAAAUGUGGAUUUACAGUGCUCAAAAUGCUACAAGAGGGUCAAGAAACUUCUCUGCAAAUUUCCUGAAAUACGAGAUCAGACGUAUGAUGAGAAAGCAAACAAGGUGACAAUUAAGGUGGUGAGCAGCUCGCUGGAGAAUAUCAGGGACAAGUUAUGCUGCAAGGGUGGUAGAUGCAUCAAGAGCAUUGAGAUCGUAAAGCCGCCUCCGCCUAAGCCUCCGCCUCCGCCUCCGCCUAAGCCUAGGCCUCCGCCUCCUCCUAAGCCUGAGCCUGAGCCUGAGCCUAAGCCAAAGCCUGUGAAAGUAUCUGUAGAUGUACAAGUCCAGGGGUCUAUUUAUUGUAAAUGCUGUAGCGGAAGGCCUAGGGGCCCAUGUUCCUGUGGCGGGCAAUUCCAAUGCGUUCUGUGUUAUUGUAAAUGCUGUAGCGGAAGGCCUUGGGGCCCAUGUUCCUGUGGCGGGCAGGUCCAAUGCGUUCUGUGUUAUGGGAGACUCGUUUGCGACAGCUGGUGCGUGCAUGGAAGCGGUUGUGGAGAAACUCAACAAGACUGCUCAAUCAUGUAAAUACUAAUAACAAGACUCUGUUUGGAAUCCAGCCAAGUUAAAUUAAAUUUAAUAAUAAUUAACUGUUAUU